AUGGAAUGUGGCCCAUAUUGUGAAGAGACCUGUGAUGAGCUCAGAAAUGGCACCAGAAGGUCAUGUCUAUUCGGCUGUAGAAGAGGAUGCUUUUGUGACCACAGACAUGUGAGAAUCAGAGGGAAAUGCAUUACUAGAACCAAAUGUCUUGGCAGUAAGUUUUUAAUUAUUGUUCGACCAUUUUCGACCAGUCGAAUGAUUUUUAGACAGCCUUGUUACUUAGGACUUUGUAAAUUUGUAAAAGUAUGUUAUUCAAGCUACCUACUGUGAAAAUAAGUUUUUACUUAUAGCCGUAUCAUCGACUACACUUCAUAGAAAUCCAACCACAGUAAAUAUUAACGAAUUUGAAGAUGAAGAACUGUUUUCAUCAGAAAAUGGUCCUCAAGACCCUAGAUGUCCCACAAAUGCUUAUUUAAAGUCAUGUUCAGACAUAUGUCCAAAGCCUUCUUGUCAUCAUCCUAAGCCGGUAAGACUACUUGUUAUAUUUUCAUUAUGACAUUAAUUCUAUACUAGCCAUUCUCUAUAUAAUAAGGUACUGGUCAAUCCCUAUAAAAAACUUUAUUUUACGCCUGCCAUUCCCUAUAGAAUGCGUUAUUUCUGUACUGGCCUUCAAUACUGAACCUUGCUUUACUUCAACCUACAUUUUCUACCCUUUCUGCAUUACUUUAAUUUGGCUUUUUCGACUAUCGCAAGCCAUAUAAAGCAUUGCUUUCAAAAAUUGUUGUAAGCUACAUCGAUUACCUUAUGAUAUGAAAAAAUGACAAAAUUAUUUCAGCUUUUCCCCUGUUUUUCCCUCCGAUGUGGACGACCGAAAUGUGAAUGCAAGCUAAAUCACGUUUUCAAAGAAGAUGGAGGCGAAGAGUGUGUUCAUAUUGAUAAAUGCUCAAUGCCCAAGCCAGUAGAACUUCACCGGUACAUAUAA